CUUAGCAGGGCUCAGAGGACCAGAACAAUGCCAGAAAUCAGGCCCAGGACCCUGCUACCCUUCCAUCCACAUCCACACACACAUCCCACGCCCAUCCAGGGACUAAAAGCUCUUCCCUUGGGGUCUACUUCUCGCCUGCUCCAGCAUGAACCCCAUAGUCUUGUAGCUUUUGAAGUGAUCCUUGAUGGAUUGGGCUUGAGGGUGCGUGAACCCCAUUUCCCACUUAGAGACAUGAUACUGGGGGCGAUGCUGUUGCCAAACUGCGAGCUGAUUCCAGGAGGGCCAAGGCUGUCAAGGAGGGACCAGGAUGACAGGUCUGGAAGUAAGGUGGGGCUCAAGUUCACUGCCGACCCUUUGCCCCCACCCCAGAGUCUAAGGAUGAAGCCCAGUUCCUCUGGAAACAAUGAGGCUGCGAGAGGGUCUGGCGGCCCAGACCCCAACAGAGACUGCGUUGGCAGCCAGGUGCUCAGUCCUUCCAGCCCUUCUCAGCACAAGGCCGCCAGGAAUGGCGUGACCUUAGUCAUCGUGGCCAAGAAAAUCCCCAAGAAGGUUCCAGUGGCCUCGGAUUACCCAGAAGGUGGGAAGAGAAAGAGGAGGAGGAAACGCAGACCUCUGGCUAUCAACCUGACCAAUUGCAAGUAUGAGAGUGUGCGCCGGGCUGCCCAGAUGUGCGGCCUGAGGGAAGUGGGGGAGGACGAAGAGUGGACGGUGUACUGGACGGACAGCGCCAUCUCUCUGGAACGCGUCAUGGAAAUGAAGAGGUUUCAGAAAAUCAACCACUUCCCAGGCAUGUCUGAGAUCUGCCGCAAAGACUUGCUGGCCAGGAACCUGAACCGCAUGCAGAAACUGUUCCCCACCCAGUAUAACAUCUUCCCACGCACCUGGUGCCUCCCUGCUGACUACGGGGAAUUCCAGACGUUCGGCCGCAAGCGGAGAAACUGCACAUACAUCUGCAAGCCUGACAGCGGCUGCCAGGGCCGGGGCAUCUUUAUCACCCGCAACCCCCGGGAUAUCAAGCCUGGGGAGCACAUGAUCUGCCAGCAGUACAUUGCCAAGCCCUUCCUCAUCAAUGGCCUCAAGUUUGAUAUGCGGAUCUACGUCCUCAUCACAUCCUGUGACCCGCUGCGGGUCUUCAUGUAUGAGGAGGGCCUGGCUCGCUUCGCCACCAUGCCCUACAAGGAGCCCAGCCACAGCAACCUGGAGGAUGUCUGCAUGCAUUUGACCAACUAUGCCAUCAACAAACACAGCCAGAAUUUUGUCCGUGACGAAACUCUGGGCAGUAAGAGGAAGCUGUCGACACUCAACGCCUGGCUGCGGGAGCACAACUACAACCUUCGAGAGCUGUGGGGCAGCAUCGAGGACAUCAUCGUCAAGACCAUCAUCUCGGCACACUCGGUCCUGCGCCACAAUUACCGCACCUGUUUCCCGCAGUACCUGUGUGGGGCCGUGUGCGCCUGCUUCGAGCUCCUGGGCUUCGACAUCUUGCUGGACCACAAGCUCAAGCCUUGGCUGCUGGAGGUGAACCACUCCCCCAGCUUCACCACUGACUCCCGCCUGGACCGCGAGGUGAAGGACUCCCUGCUCUGCGACACCAUCAGGAUCCUCCGCCUCCGUGGCUGUGACAGGAGGAAGGUGCUGGAGGAGGACAAGCAGCGGAUCAAGGAGCGGCUUCUGACGGGCCACCAGCAGCCGCCGGAGACCAGGAGGGAACACAUGGGUCCCCUGUUCCAGGCCGCCAUGCAAGAGCAGGAGUGCUAUGAAGACUCACACCUGGGGGGUUACCGGCGCAUCUACCCCUGCUCCAACAGCGAGAAGUAUGAGCCCUUCUUUAAGCAGGACAGCUCCCUCUUCCAGGAGACGGUGGCGUCCAAGGCCAGAGAUGCGUGUGCCAGACAGCAGCUGGAGGGGAUCCGACUAAGGCAGGAGCAGCAGAGCUGGGGCAGCCAGAGGCAGAAGGACAAGGAGCAGAGCCAAGGCGAGUCGGCGGGCGAGAAGAGCCAGACCUGGAGAGUGAAGCGCCGUACCCAUACUCCCAGGCAAAGCAGGGCCCACCCCUGGCCCCAGCCCCUGAAGAGGGACAUGGCCGAGCAGAUGCAGCUUGCCCAGGCCAAGCCAUCGUCCUCAGGGCUGAGCCAGCUGUUGCCAACCUCGCUGGACACAGCACAGCCUCAGCUGAUCAUAGAAGAGGAGGAGCUGGAGCGGAUGAAGUGGCUGGCCCAGAGGGAGAGGGUCAUCUACAGUCUGGGCAUCGUGGAGUUGAUCACCCAUCUGCUGAACCCUGGUCAGCAGUGCCAGAAGCCAGAGUGUCGGGAUGUUUGGCUUCCCAUGUCUGUUGCAGAAACCCACGCCAUCAGAAGGCUAGAAGCUAUGAACCAGGCCUUGGCAGCAGCAAUGCCACCUUCCUUAUGCCCUAAGCAGGGCUAUGUCCUGCGGCAGAACAGAGAGACAAGCGGUAGCUCGAGCUAGGAAAGCUGUGUUUGGAGUAGUCAAGGCCUGGCAUCUCACCUCUAGUCCCGGGCUCUACUAGACGCUACUGCUCUGCACCCCCAAACAGAAGAAGCCCACACAACCUCUCCUGGAGACACACCCUUUUUCUGCCUUCUUGAGGCCAGGGGUCUGUGACUGUAUGCAAGCUCAAAGGCCCCCAAAGCUUCAAUGUAACCAGACCUGGAGCGGCGGGAUGAACGUGCUGGCCUGCAAACUGAACCCAGUUUACCUAAGACUGGGCACAGACACCAGGAAUUUAUGCUUCUUUUCCAACUGGCCCAGGCCAAAAAGAGAUGAUGCAGAGCCAGGGU